AUGGUCAGACCGGAAGUCCAUAUUCCAGACUCACCAGAGAGUCCAUAUCCAAUUUACAUUGAAAGAACAGAGGUCAUUCCUGGAUUUGGCCGUGGAUCUACCGAUUUAGGAUUUCCAACAGCCAACAUCAAUGUGGCUAAUAACAAGCUCUUGACCGAUAUCAAUCCCGGUGUCUAUUUUGGUUAUGCUAAACUAUAUAAAUCUGAUAAAUUGAAGAAUGGAAUCAAGGAUGUUGAAGUUGAAAGAGUGGAUAGAAAGUCGUCAGUUGUUUUAAAUUAUGGUCGUCAUUUACAAGAUGAAGAACUUGAAAUUUUACCAAUGGUUAUGUCACUCGGCUGGAACCCAUAUUAUGGAAAUAAGGAGAAAACAUGCGAAAUAUAUAUCAUUCAUAAGUUUUCUGACAGCUUCUAUGGUGCUGAUAUGUCUGCCGUUAUUUGUGGAUACCUCCGACCUGAACUUAACUACGAAGGAAUUGAUGCGUUGAAGAAGGACAUCCAACUUGAUGUGGAUAUUGGCCUACAAAACCUCAAGAAAGAAGGAUACUUGAAAUGCAAGUAUCUUUUGAACUAG